AUGUUAAGAGCAGUCAACAUUCAAGGUGAAGCAAAAACUGGUGAGGUGAUUGCAGAAAUGAUCAUAGAAUGCAUCAAGGAGGUUGGACAUGAGAAUGUGGUUCAAGUACUCACAGAUAACGCUUCAAAUUGUGUAAAAGCUGGUGCACUUAUUUUAUCUAAGUUUCCUACUAUCUUCUGGACACCAUUUGUGGUUCAUACUUUGAAUCUUGCUCUCAAAAACAUAUGUGCACAUGUUUAUAAUACAAGAAGCAAUGAAGAAGUGUAUGAUGCUUGUUAUUGGAUAAAGUCUAUCAGUGAGGAUGCCACUUGGAUCAAGAACUUUAUUAUGAACCAUGGAGUGAGGCUUGUCAUGUUCACAGAACAUUGUGAUCUUAAACUCCUUACAAUUGCUUCGACAAGGUUUGCUUCAACAGUUGUGAUGCCUAAGAGAUUCAAGAAAAUAAAAACCGGGUUACAACAAAUGGUGAUCAGUCCUAAAUGGGAUGAUUAUAAAGAUGAUGGUGUAGAAAGAGCAUCGACAGUAAAGAAAAAGAUAUUAGAUGAGAUGUUAUGGGAUGAGAUUGAUUAUGCUUUGUCUUUCACUUUGCCGAUAUAUAAUGUGAUUAGAGCAGCUGACACUGAUAAGCCUUCACUUCAUCUGGUUUAUGAGUGGUGGGAAAGCAUGAUACAGACUGUGAAAAAGUUUAUCUUUAGAAAGGAAAGGAAAGAACUUGAAGAUGACUCGGUUUUUUGGAAUGCGGUGCAGUCUAUUUUGACCUCUCGUUGGAGUAAGAGUAACACUCCUCUCCAUUGUAUGGCACAUUCUUUAAAUCCCAAGUAA